AGUCCUUAUCUUCUCUUCCUAAAGAGCUCCUAACACGCAAUCUUGGUCGAUUAGGGAAAUCAGUUAGUUUGGUCUGUUAAGUAAGUUUACUAUAGGUAAAUCUAAGAGACCUGAUAAAAUACAUUCGAGAUUCCUCCUAUGAGUUAGUAACAUUCCUAGUUUCCUAUCAUCGGUUUUGUUAUAUCCUGACGAUAUGAAGAUGAGUGAGGGUAGUGUUUAGGAGCUUCGGGACAACUUGCAGAAAUUAUCCGAACGGUUUAGAAUUUGGCAGUUGCCGACAAAUGCCUCCAGGUGCAUAAUGGUUACCAAUUUACGGAUGCAUACACAGUGAAUAUUGAGCUACUUGUUGUCUAGAUACGUAAACUUGGGAGUCAUCGCUAUUCGCGGCUUGAUCACUCAUGCAAACCGUCAUGUAACAGACGCCGAAGCUUUUAGAAUCCACUGAUCAGUAAGUAUAGCCUUUUGCCACGUGGAUGCUAAGACACAUCUGACUACGUAUAUAGCAUUCGUCCGACCUUCACCUGAGCAUUUCCUAAAUGUUCAUUGAGUUGUUAGAAGAGAUUUCUGAAACACCAGGUAGGUUGAUUCUUGGAAUCUCACAGCUUCCAUAUGACGAGAGAUUGGCCAAACCAACCUAUUUUCAUUAUAAUGCAGAAGGACCACUGGUGACUUUACCACAGUUUCGAAAUAACAUGAUAGAAUUGCAAUCGGCACUCCCCCUUUUUAUUUUCUUACAAAACAGAGGAUUUAUGAUGAAACCUAGAAUGAAUAACAUGUAAGCUGACUAUCGAUUCCCCCAGGGAACAAUAAGAAAAACGGAACUCCUUUACUCAAUACGUGAUUAAAGCUCCAUCUAUAAACUCCAUCAAAAAAUUAGAUCAACUGACGCAACAUUGUCUUUUGAACUAAAACCAGUCACACAGUUUCCUGUCCUUUCUUAAAUAAAACUGAAAAUCCAAUCUUAUGGAUUGACAACCGAGUGUGGGACAUUUUCACUGUGCGUUACUCAAUUUACACUUGGGAUGAGGAAGAAGGUUUUGUUAAUGGGAAAAUCUGGUUCAGGCAAAACGAGUAUGAGAAGUAUCAUAUUUGCAAACUUCAUCGCUCGAGAUACUCGCAGGCUCGGUCCUACAAUGGACGUAGAACACACUCACCUACGACUGCUAGGUGGAUUGGUUCUAAAUUUAUGGGAUUGCGGAGGUCAAGAUGGAUUUAUGGAAAGCUAUUUCGUCAACCAAAGAGAAACCAUAUUCAGAAAUGUCGAAGUCUUGAUCUAUGUUUUCGAUAUUGAAAGCAGGGAAAUAUCAAAAGACUUGGCUUAUUACCGUUCGUGCUUGGACGCUGUAAAUCAAAAUUCCCCCGGUGCGAAAAUCUUUUGCCUCAUUCAUAAGACAGACCUCGUCAGUGAAGAAAAAAAGGAUGAAGUAUUUCAAGUCAGAAAGCAAAAUAUCGAAGCGGUUACAAAGCCAUUCACUUGUUCAUGCUUUGCUACGUCAAUAUGGGAUGAAACAUUAUUUAAAGCUUGGUCUAAAAUUGUUUAUGAACUUAUUCCGAAUAUCAAAAUGUUGGAGGGUAGUUUAAAGCAACUUUGUGAAGUACUAGAAGCUGAUGAAGUGAUCCUAUUCGAAAGAGCAACAUUUUUGGAAAUUGCUUGUCAUUCUAGAGUUCCACAUUCUGAUGUGCAUAGGUUUGAGAAGAUAAGCAACAUUGUGAAACAAUUCAAAUUGUCAUGUAGUAAAGUUGGGGCAAAUUUCACGAAAAUUGAACUGCGCAACCAACACUUUGCUGCGUUUAUUGAUGUUUUCACAUCUAAUACAUAUAUCAUGGUGGUAUGUUCUGAUCUAUCCAUCGCCUCUUCUGCAACUUUGCUGAAUAUUCGCAAUGCACGCAAGCACUUUGAAUAUUUGGAAAAAUUAGAACAACCACAUUCGGCAAUAGCUCGUUGUGGCUAGACACUUUCUUGAAUCUCUUGAGAUAACUUUUUGACUCAAGAUCCCAAUAUGACUGUAUAUUAAAUUGCUUAUUUUUAAUUUAGAACAUAGUCAUCAUAAUACUUCAGUUGUUGUACAGAUAUACUUUAAUGCCAUCUAGUGAAUUGUACAUCUCUAAAGAGUUGUGAUAGUAAACAAAGUACACAUACUUCCCUAUUUUACUAAUAUCACUGAACGAAAACUUUGUGUCUGUGAAUGGGCUAAUCAUACCAUUUUCAUCUUUUAUAUAAUCUCUCUUUACUGUUGUUGAAUCUCCAUCUUAACACUCAACUUUUGAAAUAUUUAACAAAAUGCCCAUCGUUUCGCAUUACUCAUUUAAGUGGAUCGGCACAUGAAAACAAUUUUGUUUGAUUAAAACCACCUAAGUAAUUAUUCCAAAACAGUUUAUAUUCAUGCUAUGAAAAUAUUUAAACAGAUUUUCUGAUUUUUAUGAGCUAUUUUUCUAAUUAUGUAAUUAUCACAGGGGUUAUUUUUCUUUUCAAUCCUUAUCUUGAUUGUAAAAAAUUCACAUAAUUAUGUUGAUAAUUGAUUGUAUAAUUAACCAUCAUUAUUUUGUCUUCAUGUCCUUAGUAGGCAGGUACUAAGCUUAUUCGGGGCAUCAGCUUACAGGCCAGACCAUAGCUGGUACCUUGACAAGGCAAUUAGGCUUGGCUGUCGUGACGACCCAACAAUUAUCUUGUUCCUUGUAAUUCUACGACACAGGGAUGACUGAAGAUGAGACAGGAAAUGUAGAGUUUGAGAAGGAAUUUGUGCUACCACCUGUGCUGGGGUAUGAUGCCAGCAAAUCGUUUUCGACAAAUAGCCGACAUCCCCCACGACGCUCCUCCCUCACAACGGAAUGAAAGCGUUAACAAAUAUUUGCCAUAUAAACAGCGUAUAUCACCUUGCCCAACGAAUUUCCUGCUCAAGUAAUACUGCUUGAAAAGUAGAGUUCACACAUUUGAAACUACUCGUUGAUAGCCCGUCUGUAUUUAACUCUUUAGGGUCGGGUUUUUAAGUUUGAGCUCAUAUUGUUCAAUAGCGGCCAAAUAUGUGGGGAGAAGUAGACGUAGUAGAAGAAAUACAAGUGGGUAAUGGAUAUCGCUAGAGGGAAAUAGGCAUUUUAAAGAGAAUAAACCUUUUGACUGGAAUUAGACACCUUUGGAUGCCGGCUCAGUAGACGAGAGGUUAAGCGUUCGCGCGCGACGCCGAAGGUCCUGGGUUUGAAUCCUGUGUACGGGAUUGUGGAUUUGAACCGCUGUGGAGUUCCAUGCUGAGAUGAAACAGCCGUCCAGCGUUUCCAUGUUUUCAAAGGUGGUCUAACAUUGAUCGGUUCAUGAUUUCAAUGAGUUGGGAGAAAAUGAUUAUUCGUAAAUUUCAGGUUAUAGAAUUCUUCCAAGGCCUGGAGAAACGUUUGAAUGUCCAGUUUCUCCAAAUUUACUUAGGUGGUGCUCAUAGAUGCACACUACUCGCCAUAGAUAUCUCCGUAAGGAUUACUCGCUUUGCCUAACUUUUCAGAGAAUAAUCAUCCCAGAGACUCGCUUAUCGAUUUUAAAUAUCCAGAUGGCAUUAACUUUGAUAUGAUGCAGUUCUAAAAACAUUUUGAGCAUGCAGAAAUGCAUUUCCGGGAUGUAUUUCUUUCACUCUAAAUGCAAGACGGCCAGGUCCGUAUUACCGCAGAGUGACCAUAUUGAGUCAUUUAGUUGGGUGCGUUGGUAUGAAUUUGAAAUAACGAAAUAGAAGUUUAACAAAACAAUCAAAAACUCAAAUUCGAGGUAUGCAGUAUGAGAUUGUGUUGUAUUAUCAUGAUAGGUUUAAACACAACAUAAAAUAUUUAAAUAUACAGUAGGUGUAUUAGUUAUUCACCGCAGUUGACAACUCUACUUUUGUUAUAUCCGAACGGAGAACAAAGGAAUAGUAACAACUGCCAAGAAUUAUUUAUGGACUAUCAUAUAUUUUUAUU